AUGUCGACUAGUGGCAAUGAGAAUACAAUGGAUUAUACGACGAGCUCUGAUUAUGGCAAUACGAUGGAAUAUACUACGAGCUCAGAUUAUGGUAAUGUUCCGUUACUUUAUGCAAAAUUAAUUGCCCAGCUAUUUUCAACACUCAUGAGUGCUUUUGUUGGAGCACGUCAUAUUUUACAAGUUGUUGCACUUAAGAAACAAGUACGUGCACGUCGUCAAUUACAGACACCAAUCUUGGCAUCUGCUGAUCAUGGUCCGUAUCAUCCUUCAGCUUCCGAAUGUUAUCAUGGACGUACUUGUGAUGCUUAUGUACAACCUACACCACCAAUUUUUUCAUCGAUCUUAAAUACUGUCCCUCUAUCAAGUCAUCAAAGUUGUCAAGCUACAAGUACACACGUGAAUGCAGCUGAUGAAUAUCGACGUAAUCGUCUUGCCUCUUUUCUUGUGCGAGAACGAGAAAAUGCACUCUAUGCACCUAUUGGAGGACCUGAUUUCAUUACAAACGAGAGUGACGAUGAUCGACCACGUGUGUCCGUAGCUUCACGAAUCUUGCGCGUCAUGUGUAUGACUGACUUUGUCUUUUCCGUAUCAGGUUUAGUUGUAACGGCAGUGGAAUUGUGGUUACCGAGAGCAGGGAAUAGUUUUCAACUCAUGUUUUGGGCAAAAGCACCACAUUGGUGUUCACAGAUUGCGAGUUUCUGUUGGGUCGCGACACUUUUAUUAUACAUUGCAAAACACAGGAAUCGAGCAAGUUUUGAUGUUGCGAUUGCGCAUGCAAUUAUUUGGAUGGUGAUUGUAUUUUAUUGGAUACUAGAGCUUUAUUCAAGUUAUUACGACACGAAAGGGUUUGUAAACGCGGCCAAGAUUAUUUGGAAGAUCAUGGCGGUUGGAUGUUUUCUAAUUAUCUCAUUUUGCUGGCUGGAUUUUGCAAGAAGGUGGAGAAAACAAGAACGACGUAAAGGGGCGUAUGUUGUAUCCAAGUUGGCAUCCUAUACGGUGGCAUUCUUUGUCUUUGUCGGCCCUAUUGUUAUUACGGAUCUAGCUCUUGGAUUGCAUAGCUCUGGCAUUGUUAUGGAUACGUGUUCGGUCAAUUUAGCCAUGUGGCCGUUUGCGAACGCUGUGAUUUACCUUACGAAGCCGACGUUGUGUCUUAAGAUUUUUCAGGCAAAGCCAAGUCGUGGUUUACAGGGACAAUACGACUCGACUGAUGGACAGCAGGCCAACGGCUUGGGCCGCCUUGGCAGCCGACGAUUCUUAAGUGGUGGCAAUGGAUCAGCAGGUGCACCAAAUGGCAUAGUGGGUAGCGGAAACACUGGUGACACUAGCCAGAAGUUGCUGAUGUCGCCAUCGCAUCACGAGCUUAAGGGCUUGGAGAUUGGCGACAAGAUUGGUGAAGGUGUGGCUGUGGUGUACCUGGGUAAGUGGCGCGGUGCUAAUGUUGCUGUCAAGAUGAAAGCAGUUCUGGCGGCGCUGGAGAGUGCCGCUGGUCUGGCCGAGUUUCAGCAUGCUUGUAACGUAGAAAUUCAAGCAGAAGCAGAGGUGAUGCGUGGCUUGUGCCACCCAAACAUUGUGCUCUUUAUGGAGGCAGGAUUUUACCGUGGCUCGAUUUGUAUCAUUUCAGAGUAUUGUGCACGUGGCUCGCUGCGUGACGUGUUGAAGCAGCAGGCACCAGAUGUCAAGAAUCUGAACUGGCCAACGAAGCUUCGUCUUGCGUUGGGAAUCUCGCACGGUAUCCAGUACUUGCAUAAUGCAAAUCCGCCUAUGAUUCAUCGAGAUUUAAAGUCGCCAAAUGUGCUGGUGGACGACUCGUGGCAUGCCAAGAUAGCGGACUUCGGUACUCUUCGCUUUUCAGAGAUCGUGUCGUCUGCUGCGCAACUCCAGUCAUCGCAAACGAAAAAAAAAAGCUCAGUGAAGACGCCAGUGGUGGAGAUGACAGGACUUGUGGGUACUACACGGUGGAUGGCACCUGAGGUUAUGCGAGGCGAACGCAUAUAUACCAGCAAGGUCGAUAUCUACAGUCUUGCGCUCAUUCUGUGGGAACUUAUUGAAGGGAAGCUGCCGUUUGAAAACACACGAUGGAAUUAUGAGGUGGAGGAUUUUGUGCUGAAAGGCAUUCGCCCAAAUAUUCGCUCGGAUUUGUGCCCACUGCGCUGGAAACUGUUGAUUGUAACGUGCUGGCAAGCAGAUCCGCGAGAACGCCCUACAAUUCAGCAAGUUAUCAAUAGUUUGCAGCGAAUUGGACGUGAAGAAGUGUGGGACCCGACUGGUCCUCGUUUUACAGGCGUUAGUCAGCUAGGUAUCUCAAUGUCUUCCUCCGUUUCGCAGUCUGUAUCGUCAUCAUCGUGCCUGGACUCACCACAUGCAACUGGGCCGAUCGGAGGUUUUGAUCGACGCAACUUUCCAGUUGCAUUGGAUGAAAAUCAUGCGAGCGAGUCGGACUUGAGCGCAGAGAGCUUUGCAGAAGAGUUUUCUUACGUACCAACGCUCGAUUCACUUGCAUCUCCGUCUAUUCUCGGCGUAUCGAACGGUGGUAUUUUCAAAAGCUCUAAGAGUUCACGGUCUAGGUCGCGCCAUGGCUCUAUGGAUACUUCCGCUAGUAGCCGGUUAAGCGCUUGGAGUACAACUAGCAGUACAGUAAGUAUGGGCGUUAACGAUAGCGGCCACUUUGGGCCGACAAGCCGUUCAAUCGGCAUGAACGACUUAAGUGCGAGCUCUGUCAGUGUUAACACCCUCCAUGGCAGUACUAGCUCCUCCGCUAGUGGUCGGUCGAUGGGGUCGUCACGAACACCCAAGAUAAAGAAAAAGCGCCCAGAAUGGCGACGUCGCACUGAUACAAUUGAAGAAACGCAGCCAACGGAUCAUAUUAAUUUGGCAUCACAAACGUUUAUCGAGUCGUCACCCAAUGGGACUUCAUUCAUCGUCAAUAUUUAA